AUCUGUGAAUGUGGAACACAGCAUAGGACUACAAGAACAGCUAGACCCUGACGAUUUCGGAAUGAUCCGGAAGAGUAGACGAAAAACUCAUACCAGUUUUCGAGCUAGGAUCCAAAGUUGGUACAAAGUUGGAUUCCCGGAGGCAGAGCACGACAGUAGCAGAACACGGAAACCAUCGCUGGUGGCCGGUUCUUCGGAGAUAGAGCUGAUAUCUGAAUCAUCCGGAAAGUGAGUUUCUGGAAGGUUAAGUGGAUCAACUUCUGCGUUCAUUGGAUUGAGAUAUGGGGUAUGUACUUGCCUGGGCCCCACCCAAUUUCCCAAUGGCAGCAGGCACCGAACGACCGUUAGACGGCUCUGGAUCAUGCCCGAACGCGGCCAGCAAAGGGAGGAGAUAGAGAAGUUACAUCGAUCGUAGCCACAGUUGGAGAUGUUGCGGUGUCUGGUUGGAGUAACAAGUCCUGUGCGAAAUUUUUAUUCACCUUUCGAAAACAGUUGUCCGUGUGGCUUUGGUCGGUGAAUGUGGCCAGUUCUGGAUUUUCUGGUACGUUUCAACUUGUUUGGAUCGUCGCAUGCGGUAGGCCGAUAUUUUAAAGCCAGAAAACUUCGAGAUCUUGUUCCUUUACCAGGAUCGAAUGAAGGCGACAGUGUGAGCGUCGUUAGUGAAACUGAAAGUUGAGCAGCGUUUGGGACUAAUCGGUGCUGUUUGUGUUGGAAACUUGCCGGUGGUGCUUCCAGUUGCCCGAUGCCAGCAAGCAUCGAACGAACGUCGGGGUGCCCCGGAUCAUGUCCGAACUUCCUGCUGAAGCUCUACAAGAAAGGCGUUCGACCGGAAGACAUUGGCAUUAUCACACCGUACCAACAGCAGGUCAAGACAAUUCGGCGCAUUCUGGAUGAAAGUAAUUUGCAGAAACCAAAAAUCGGAAGCGUGGAGGAAUUCCAAGGCCAGGAGCGUAUGGUGAUUAUUAUAUCUACUGUGCGAACUUCGAAAUCGCUGCUGCAAAGCGACCUGCAGCAUGCACUUGGUUUCAUUGCCAGCCCAAAGCGCUUGAAUGUGGCCAUCUCCCGUGCACGGGCGCUGCUUUUGAUCUUCGGUAGCCCUCAUCUGCUGUCAGCGGACAAACACUGGCGAAAUCUGUUGUUCAGGGCGAUUAAUUCCGGUUCGUACUGUGGGUGCGAUCUUCCCGAGCAUAUUGAUCCCACGGAGCCAGCGCUGAAUGGCGACGCACACAAGGAGGAGUGAACUAUUGUGUAACGGUUGGAGUUUGAUUACUUAUAAACGCGGGUUCGUAUAUGCUACAUCCGAAUACCUCGAACGAACUGCAGUGUAUCGUAUUAUUAUGAGAUGUAUCAUUUCUGAAUUUAAUUUUUAUGUUUGAAACAAAUAAAAUAAAUGAGAUUAAUUUUAAA